UCCACGCUCUCCAGAUCUUACCACUAUGGAUUUUUAUUUGUGGGGUUAUGUGAAGCAACAAGUGUUCUCUGUCCAAAUAACAAAUUUGGACCAUUUGAAAGAACGGAUCGCUGAAGCACACCGAAUGUUCUCGGUCGUGUAUGGCAAGAGCUUGAAUAUCGUCUUGAUGUCUGCAGGGCAACUAAAGGAGCACAUAUCGAAAUCUACUAAACAGAUGAAUCUUAUCACACUACAAGUCCCGCAAUGCGUAGUCAAAAUAUUUCCUACCCUGAUGAUGGAGACGAAGCUUUCCUUUGAGACAUUGGUAACCACCUACCAGCCUACAAGAAAGUAAAAUGAAGGCCCAAUGGUCAGUUCGUGUCCCUUGGCCUGUUUCAUCCCCGAAACUACUCAACGGAGUUGAUACUGGAGUCAAAUUAUACAAGCGAACUUAAUAUUAAUGCAUUUAAUUUCACUGUAACCCUUAAUUUUCAUGACGUACAUAUAAACUUCGUUAGGCUAUAUUUUUUCUUCAAAAUUGCCCUCCUUUCGGAAAAUU